AAAACAGAGAUAGAGAGAGGCAGAGAGGGAGAUCAGACCCAGUUUUAGAGAGAGAAAUACUGGUUUCCAGAGAGGGAAAGCUAUUUGGAUUGGUGGGGUUGGCUGUGUUUGGGGGAGGUUCUCCAUGAAAGGCGAAUCAAAGAUGGUUUUCAAGUCAAAGAUGAAGUGGGUUGGCCUUGUUGGCCUUGUGCUCUCUGCUUUCUCUAUAUUCAUCCAUUUGCUCCUUGCUAGAUACACCGAGGAUGGCAUUUCUGACUUCCAGUCUUCCGUCACUAUCUUCUCUUGGCGACCCAUUUUUGAGAAUGCAGAUCUUCCCAGAACUAGUCCAUUGCAUCGAAAAUUCUGGGGUCCGGUAAGGCGUUUUGAACCUUUAAAUCCAGAUGCAAAUCCCAGAGGAUACUAUGCUGCAGCUCCCCCUUUGCAGACAAAUGGCUAUAUUUUUGUCAGGAUACAAGGGGGAUUUCAUGAGAUCAGGAAUUCGAUCCCAGAUGUUGUUGUGGUUUCUCGGCUUCUAAAUGCUACUCUAGUGAUUCCUGAAAUUCAAUCAACCACAAGUAGCAAGGGAAUCAGUUCUGAGUUCAAGAGUUUUGCAUAUCUAUAUAAUGAGGAUCAAUUCAUGAUAGCAUUAGCAAAAGAUGUGAAAAUUGUGAAAACCCUUCCAAAGAAUCUCAAAGAAGCAAGGAGAAAGAAGGAGAUACCCAUGUUCAGGGUGCCUCACUCAGCAUCUCCCUAUUUUUAUCUGCGCAAUGUUCUACCAGUGCUAAACAAGCACUCAGUUGUUGAACUAAUAGUUUCUGAUGGUGGAUGCUUGCAGGCUGUUCUCCCACCCAACCUUGAAGAGUAUCAGAGGCUAAGAUGUAGAGUUGCUUUCCAUGCUCUACGAUUCCGACAGGAGGUCCAGGAACUUGCAACUAGAAUUUUAAAUAGGUUACGGGCUCCUGGACGUCCAUUUAUAGCCUUUGACCCUGGGAUGACCAGAGAUGCUUUAGCAUAUUAUGGGUGUGCCGAACUCUUCCAGGAUGUCCAUACUGAACUUAUUCAGCACAAAAGAUCAUGGAUGAUAAAACGUGGGAUUGUCAAAGGGAAGCUUUCUGUAGAUUCGGCAAAGCAACGACUUAAUGGUUCUUGUCCACUCAUGCCAGAGGAGGUUGGUAUUCUUCUUCGUGCUUAUGGAUACUCAUCAGACACAAUCAUAUAUGUUUCUGGGGGAGAAGUUUUUGGUGGACAAAGGACAUUAAUUCCUCUACACGGGAUGUUUGAGAAUGUUGUUGACAGAACCUCCCUAAGCACUGGUUGGGAGCUCAAUAGAAUAUAUGGUCUUGAGGUUAAAAUUGCCACCAAUACUCCUAGGAUCCCAACUUUUGUUCAGGAAGAAAUGAAACUUGAAGCAUGGAAAAAUUCUGGCCCACGUCCUCGCCCACUUCCACCACCUCCAGCCAGGCCUAAAUAUCCAUACAACAUUGAAGGUUGGUGGGGUUGGGUAGCUGAGAGUGAUAAUGAGCCUGAUCGUACUGUCAUGGAAUUGAGGACUAAUGCUCAUAAAUUACUAUGGGAAGCAAUUGACUAUGUGAUAUGUGUUGAAGCUGAUGUGUUCAUUCCUGGAUUUGAUCGUGAUGGCAAAGGACAUCCUAAUUUUGCGAGCUUAGUGAUGGGGCACCGGCUCUAUCAGUCAGCUGCAUCCAUAACAUACAGGCCUGACAGAAAAGAAGUUGCCAAGCUUUUACAAGAAACACGUGACCACCUAUACCAAGCAAAUCGGACAUGGCUAACAUCAGUGCGCAUGCAUCUGAGAAAAAGCUUAUUUGAUGGGCUAACAGAAGCAUCUGCAAAGUCAAAGCUACUAUCUUUUCUUUCACAUCCAGUUCCUGAAUGUUCUUGCUUGAGGUCCAAUGUUAACGAAAUACCAUUUCCUGGUUUGAGUCCAUCUCAAGCUCAAGCUCAGGCUGCUCUUGGAGCUGUGCAUCAUUGCCCUGCUUGGAUAGAAAAUGCUUUAAUCCCACGGCCAAGAGACAAGGACAAUGAUGAGGAUAUUGAUGAGGAUGAUUCCACAUCAUCUGGAUUGUUCUUUCGGCCUAGAGGUGGAAAUCAUGAAGUUGGAGGUGGAGAAAUAAACAACAAAGAAGAAGCUCAAUUAGAGGACCAAGAAGAACUUGAGGGUGCAGAAAGAUGAGAAAGGCCAAAUUGAGUUCAGCAGUGGCUGCCUCGAUUGCUGUUAAUGUAUAUAUAAAUUGUUCUGAGUCCGUGGAAGGCUGGAAAGUAUUUCAGGUCUCGGUUCUCUGCAGCAUGAAUCAAGGUUCUAACUCAUAGAAGCCCCUUAUUUUUUGCUCAAGUUGGUUUAGAUUGAUCGGGUCUGUCUUGAAGCACAUCUCAUUGGAUUCUGUAGUUUAGCAAAGCCCUUUCUGGGAAAAAAGUAUAGUCCUCUUUUGCUAAUGCAACCCCACCACCAAUUUUGAUGUAGGCAAACAUAUUUUCAAUAGAAAACCUAAGGUUUUUGUUUAUCUUGUAUAGGGAGCCGGUGGGCAUUUUGACUAUUUGCAUGAUGAGGUGCCCAAGCUCCAUAAAAGAUAUGGAUGCAUCUGAGUUCUGCAUAACCUCUAAUCGGAUAUUUUGAGUUUCUGCUUUCCAAUCCUACAAUCUUAGUGUUUUUAUA